AUGGCAGACCAGGAUAUCAAACACUCUCCCAAGGGAGAUAUUGAUGUAUCAUCUGAAAAGGAUGUCGUGGAAGGUGUCGUGGUCACUGUUACCAAAGAAGAGAAUGACCGAAUUAAGAAAAAGACCGAUAUGGUCAUCCUCCUCAUCCUCAUCUGGGUGUAUUUCCUACAGAUUUUGGAUAAAGGUGUUUUGGGAACGGCGGCGUUGUUCAAUCUCCAGUCUGAUAUGAAGCUAGUGGGGAAUCAGUAUUCCCUCAUAGGAACGAUUGCUCCCGCCGCGCAACUGGCGUGGCAGCCAUUCUCCGCAUACAUCCUGGUCAACGUUCCUCCCCGUAUUCUCAUGCCAACUAUGAUUCUCGGAUGGGGUAUCGCUGUGACCUGCAUGGCUGCCUGCAAUACCUUCGGAACGUUUAUGGCCGCUCGUUUUUUCAUGGGUCUGUUUGAAGCUGGAUGUAUGCCUCUGUUCACCAUCCUCACCGGUAGAUGGUACCGCCGCAUUGAACAGCCGAUUCGUAUCGCCCUUUGGUACUCUGGUAACGGCACAGGUACUAUGGUCGCUGCUUCUUUGGCUUAUGGCCUUGGCCAUAUUCAAUCUGAUAUCUUGAAGCCGUGGCAGAUUAUUUUCCUAUUUGUUGGUCUUGUGACUGUCGUCACCGCACCCUUCAUUUACUGGAAGCUGGACAAUGACGUUACUACUGCCCGUUUUCUUACCGAACACGAGCGACACCAGGCUGUGGAGCGUCUCCGUGCCAACAAGAAUAGUUCAACCUCCUACGAAUUCAAGUGGUCACAGGCUCUUGAGGUUUUCCUAGAACCUAAGAGUUGGCUUUUCAUUACGAUGGCCUUGCUCCCGAACAUGGGCUCCGCCUUGCCUAGUCUUUUCGGUCCUCUCAUUGUGACUGGUUUCGGUUUCGACAAGUUCCAGGCUGCCCUUCUCAACAUUCCCUUUGGAGCUAUUACGACGAUUGUGAUCAUUCUUAGCUGCUGGGCCUCCCAUAAGGCGAAGCUCAAGUCUGCUGUUUUGGCUGCUUUCAUGCUUCCAGUGGUGGUUGGAAUCGCCAUUCUUUACGCGCUUCCACACGAUGAUAAGAAAAACCAAGGACCGCUGCUCUUCGCAUACUAUUUGACUUCGUUUAUCUAUGCCGCCAAUCCCCUUCUUCUCUCUUGGGUCGUUGGAAAUACGGCCGGUGCUGCCAAGAUGUCCACCAUGGUUGCAUUUUACCAGGCUGGUACUUCCGCUGGUGCCCUCUCGGGUCCCCUUCUGUUCACCGCUGAUCAGGCUCCCGGGUAUCUUGCCGGAACGCGUGCUGUGCUCGGUCUCUUCAUUGCAUUGCUUGGCUGCGUGGGUAUUCAGUUCCUCAACCUUUGGUUCUUGAACAAGCAGCACAAGAAGCGCAGAAUUGCGAACGGUAAGGCUGGUGAUAUCAAGGAUACCUCUAUGACCACUGAGGUUGGCGUCGAUCGUAAUGUUCAGGGCGAACAAGGGGAACAAGGGGAGGAAGUGCCCUUCAAAGACAUCACGGACAAGGAAAACGACGAGUUUGUGUAUAUCUAUUGA